AUGCUUCGCGUGUACACGCCGCUGGCGCCGGAGCAGCCCCCAGGCGGCAGCUCCACGGAGGAAACCUUCCUGCAGGCCGAGCACUUCGUGGCCGUGGUGCUCUCGCGCCUCGAGAAGGACCCCAUGUCGGUGUCGCCUCGCCUCUGGGUGUUCCAGCAGCAGCCCACGGCUAACCGCCUGUGGGCCUUCAAGCAGCAGGCGCUCGUGGGCUCGUGCGACGCCAUGCGCGGCUCCAAGAAGUACGAGGAGUUCAACCCCAAGAAGAACGCCACGGGGGUGCUGGGCCUCCCCUGCUGCCAGUUUGUCGCUGGUGACGACACCAAGCUGAAGCUCUGGCAGAAGCUGGGCGACAUGUCGCCGGAGGAAGCUCAGCGCGAGUACAUCCGCAUCGUGGAGGACGUGCUGCCGCAAUGGCAGUCGCCUCCGAGUUGGGAUGGAGCGCUGCUGCGCACGUGGACGCCCGACGACUGCAGCGAUAGCUGCUCCGUGUGUCACGAGGCCUUCACCUUCCUCAACCGCCGUCACCAUUGUCGUCGCUGCUUAAACCUCGUAUGCGCCGUGUGUUCGCCUCACACCGUGCCGCUGCGCGUGUUCUCGGAGCCUCCGACAGGCAAGCGCCAGCGCGUUUGCGCUACUUGCUUCGACGAGAUCGGCGAGGCCGCGCGCCGCAGCUCGCUCACCAGCAGCGGAGACCAAGUGCGCGAGGCCACGGUGCCGAUCCCGACCAAGGACGAGAGCUCCGCGUCCGAGGAUGCCACGAACCAGGACAGCAGCACCGACAACGGCGAGACCUCUUCCGAGUCGGUGCUCGCGUCGUCCGCGGCCAUCCACUUGGGCACGCUCGAGUUCCUGCAGGGCGCGUACGGCCAGGGCUCCAAGGUCUACCGCAAGACGUGGCACUCGUACUUCUUCGUGCUGCUGGUGCGCAAGGGCUCGCUCGGCAUGUUCGCGUCGCAGGCCGAGCACCUGGCGGGCAGCGAGCCCCCCGCCGCCGUGUUCAAGCUCAGCGGGUACACGCUGCGCAUCCGCUCGCAGCCCAAGCGGCCGCACCAGUUCCACCUCACGCACAGCAGCAAGGGCGGCGGCAGCCCCAAGAAGCCGCUGCACUUUGCGGCCUCGAGCCUGGACGAGAUGAACGGCUGGAUCGCGGCGCUCAUCAAGGCCAUCGCCGUGGCGGACGAGCUCGAGCGCUGGCAAUCAUAG